CGUGCUGCCGCCCCUUCGCAGCGCCUCCCCCGCGCUGUGGCAGCCCUAGGGCGGCGGGGGAGUGAGCCCCGCCAGCAGCCGGAGGGAUCCGGAGCCACCGCCGCCACCGCCGCCGCCGGGGGAGAGGAGCUCCAGCCCCCGCCUCCGGAGCUCUUCAUGGCGUCUCACCAGCAGACCAGGAUCCAAGCCUACCUAGAGAAGAAUAAGAUCGGUCCCCUCUUCGAGGAGUUGAUGACCAAGCUGAUAACAGAGACACCCGACCAGCCAAUUCCAUUUCUAAUUGAUCAUCUUCAGUCCAAACAGGGGAACCGCAGUCAGCUUCAGAGAACGUUGUCUGGCUCUGCUGCCCUUUGGGCAGAGAGUGAAACAUCAGAAAAUAAAGGAACAAGGAGAGAUUUUAGAAGUUAUGAUAAACCUUGGCAGGUAAAUGCAAAAAAGCCUAAAAAGUCAAAGAGCGACCUUGCCGUGUCCAACAUUUCUCCACCAUCACCGGAGUCCAAGUCAUUGCCAAGGUCAAUAGAGCAUCCUAAAUGGGAUUGGAGGACAAAACCGGAGAACCAUGAUUUUGAUGAACUAAAUCAUAUUCUUCAAGAGAGCAAAAAACUUGGAAAAGCCCUUGAGAAUCUGUCUCGCAGCAUUGCUAUUUCUGAUGAACUUGAUAAGGAAACAACAGGUUUUAACACCCCCCUUCUCAGACCUCGGGUGAUUGGAGAAUGGAUCGGUCGUGAAGAGAAUGAUGCUGACCCACUGGCUGCUGAGAUGCUGCAGCCACCAAUACCAAGAAAUAAAAACGAGCAGUGGGACAGCGAGGAUAGCAGCAGUCCCGGAGGAAGCUUAAAAAUGGAGCCCAAGACCAAAGGACUAAAACAACAACAGCAGCAACAUAAGAAACUGCUGGCUGCCAUGCUUUCUCAGGACUCAUUUGAUUCUGCUCAAAGCACAGCUCCAUCUGUAACCGAAGAAGAUAUUGACAAUGAAGAUGAUGCAAUGGAACUGCUGGAGGAUCUUGACGAUCUAAGGAUGGAAGGAGUAACAAGCGUGAUGUCUUCUGGGAGCAAAUUCAAUCAAACUCGAAGUGCUCAUACGGCUGAGCCUCAAGCAAAGGUCACGUUGAAUAUCUGCGCAAGAUGUGCCAGAUUGCAAGGAGAUAAUUUGGCAGAAAGGCCAGAAGAUGUCUCCAUGGUAUCUCAAACAUCUGAGGCAGCAGUGCCAGACUCUGAUGCUCAGGUGCCUGGGGUUGAAACACUUACAGAAGAUAUUGAUGAAUUUCAGAGUGCCUCUCAAGUGGCAGGAUCUUCUCAAACAGUUUGGACUCUGGAUGCCAUGGAUGUCAGACCUGGAGGUUCCCCAAGGCAGAACCUCUUAAAGGACUCCUUAGCAGCAAAAGAACUUCAGACCAUGGAAAAACACCUGGCUGAUAUUGAAAAGGAUCUAGCACUAUGGGAAGAAGCAAGGCUCUCAAGAAGCCCUACUGUCCAACAUCAUAGUUUAGUUACACCUGACCAUCAAGGCAGUCUUCAAGCUACCCAGGGCCAAAAUCCGAGGCCUCAGGUGCCAACUCCGACAGGGAAGAACAUUCUGCUCCAAGGAAACAAAUCACCACCGCUGCCCACCAACAGCAGGACACUGGUCUCCAGUGUCACAAACAGUAGGCCUCCAACACCCGGUACACAAGCCAACAGGCCACCGACUCCAUCAACGCCGGGGAGCAGGCCUGUGACCCCGAAUAGCUUGCUGUCACGGCCUCUUACCCCUAGCAACCAAGGAAAUAGGGAAGGCAUCAUUAGUAUGCAAAGAAGCAGAUCUUUGACAUCUAAGAGCCAAAUGGGGAGGACCCUCAGCGCUGCUUCAGGGCUUUCUGUGCAAAUGAGUGGAGACAUUGUUGGAACUGUCACUACUCAGAGAAGCAGUUUAUCAGAAGAUGAAUUCUUACAACAGCUUCAGCUUGCUCAUCAACCUUGGAUACUGCCGAGUGACACAGAAAGUGAAGGAGUGGAAGCUGACCAAGACAAAUCCCUGUUGCUGACCAUUACUCUUCAGCCUGCCGCCCGGGAGACCAUCCCUCAUCCAGUUUCAAGAGCCAGGACAGGGAGGAGAAGACCAAAAAGCACUUGUGGAGUUUGCUUAUGCCUCACAACAAUGGCUGAACCGGGGAAAUGUGCACUCGAAGGAGGUACUAACCAGCACAGUGAAAGGAAAGACUGUGACUGAGGUCCUUGUACAUAUCAGACACAGAGGGUGCUUGGAUCAGUUCCACAGAGACAAAGACAUACGUGUAUGAGCUCAGCUCACCUACCUGUGACACACAAGCCCAGGUGGAUUUAUUCUCCCAGUAUGUAUGCCUGUUAUUAAUGCUAUUAAAAAUUAUUGCUCCAAGAAAGAUGAAAAUAUGCCCUUAAGCUAGCGGUUUAACAUUUAUUUCCAAUCUUAUUUUUGUUUUUUUGGAAACAUAGAAGAGAAAUAUCCCUCGUUUCCCAUGAGGACCCAAGGGGAACAAUAUAAACUUUGUAUUUUAGUGUUAAAAAUGUAAACACAGAUGAAAUGUACUUCAGAGCUCAUUUUGCCAAAGCUUUUCUUGGAUGAUUUCCAUCAACAUACUUAUUGUAAUUAUUUUCCAAAUGUUAGCCAUGUGAUUCUCAUUUGCUACAUGCUUAAUUCCUACCUUAAAUUGGGAAACUCAGGUAUUACUAAAGAUGGCAGACACCUAAAGAUUUGUAGGUUCAACCUGCAUAAUGGCCCCGCAGCGGUCACAUAGUGCUCGUGUACUCUUAUAUGAACUACAACAAGAGCUGGUUGAAAUUCUAUGUGUGGAUUUAGUCCUGUGCCUUUUGAAGCUAAAAAGCAGAUGUUAUCCAUGGCAUGAUACUUCAUGUAUAAAAUUAAUAUUUAAAAUUGACUCUUUUAAAUUUAUUUCUGGUAUUCCACAUGCAAAGGCCUAAGGGUUCCCAUCAAAAGCUGAAACAAGUCAUUAAAGAUCAAAGCAAUUAAAGCAUAAUUUGGUCUACCAUUGAAUUCUGUUCUCGUCGUCUACUUCUUUUAUUCCUCCUGCCCUAGACACCAGCCACAAAGAAACUUUGUCUCUCAAAUACAGGUUAAAAGCCAAAGCUUAAACACUGGCUUAUCAAUCACAAAAUAAAUAAGAAAAUAAAAAUUUUGGAGAUAAUUGUCCCUUCACUUAUUUUUGUUCUGUAGCUAAAUCACUCCAUUGAAUAUAAUACCCACUGUCAGAAG